AUGGCCCGAAUCAAACAAAUGUCAUCCUCAACAUACCACAGAAUAGUCACAACCGGCGCACCAUCAGAAGACGGUCCAGAACAUGAAGUCAUCAUUGCACGAAAGAUAGACGGUGCUCUAAAGCUCUUCGUGUACCAGGACGGAGUGCUCACACGAAUGGGGCCACCGCCACUGUCACAACAGGCUUGGUGGGAGAGCGGAAGGCAGAAGGGAAAGGGCAAGGGAGUUGAGGACGAGAAGGUGAAAGCCGAGGACGAUGGGAAACAGGAGGAUGACGAGGAUGACGAGGAGGAGCUUAAGCAGCAGGUCAAGGUUGAAGUCUAG